UCGUGGGCCUUCCCGUAGGUGUGGUCCCGGGUGGCAGCGAGAGUGUGUGUGGGGGGGACCGGGCGACGGUGUCGGGGUGACUCAGAGGCCCCUGGCGCACACAACGUGCUGCGGGACGAGUGGCGUGGACCCCAGCUCCCAGCGCCCGGACGUUGGAGGGGGGGUCACAUCCGGCGGGAGGGGGCGGGCCUCGUGGACCCCGGAAGUGUGGGCUCCGGCUGCGAUUUAACCCGCAACGGCGUUGGCGGCGACGGCGGCGGCAGGGGGAAAGAUGGAGACCCUGAAAGACAAGACCCUGGAGGAGCUGGAGGAGAUGCAGAAUGACCCGGCGGCCAUCGACCGGCUGGCCCAGGACUUCCCUGAGGUCCAGGACCUGCAGCUGGAGCGGGAGAUGGCACUGGCCACCAACCGGAGCCUGGCCGAGCAGAACCUGGAGUUCCAGGGUCCCCUGGAGAUCAGCCGCUCGAACCUCUCAGACAAGUACCAGGAGCUCCGGAAGCUGGUGGAGCGGUGCCAGGAGCAGAAGGCGAAGCUGGAGAAAUUUUCUUCAGCACCGCAGCUAGGGGCCUUGUUGGACCUUCUGAAGAUAGAAAGCAUGAAGAUUGAAGAAGAGUCUGAGGCCAUGGCUGAGAAGUUCCUGGAGGGCGAGGUGCCCUUGGACACGUUUCUGGAGAACUUCUCCUCCAUGAGGACGCUGUCCCAUCUGCGCCGGGUGCGCGUGGAGAAGCUCCAGGAUGCGAUGAGGAAGCCCAGGGCCUCCCUGGAGCCGGCUGGGGACGCCCCUCCUCCCCGCCCGCCUCCCCCAUCUCUCCCAGGCCCCCAGGCGACGCCGCCUGUCGUGGAAGAUCAGCAGCCACCGGCGGCGGUCCCUCCCUACCCGUUGCCCUACAGCCCCUCUCCAGGCUUGCCCGUGGGCCCCACCGCCCAGGGGGCGCUCCCGCCGGCCCCGUUCCCUGUGGUGUCCCAGCCCUCUUUUUCCUACAGUGGGCCUUUGGGUCCCCUGUACCCGUCGGCCCAGCCAGGACCCAGGGCUGCCGCGGGCUACUCCUGGUCCCCACAGAGGAGCACACCGCCCCGGCCGGCCUAUCCCGUGGCCCCCGCUGGUGUCUCCGGCCCUGGGUACCCCGUGGCGGGGGGCCGGGCCCCCGGUCCUGGUUAUCCUCAACAGCCCCCCUACCUCUCAACAGGAGGAAAACCUCUGUACCCAACGCAGCCCCAGCCCUCAGGCCCCCUUCAGUCGCCCUAUCCCCCUGGGCCUGCCCCUCCCUAUGGGUUUCCACUGCCUCAGGGUCCUGCCUGGCCUGGGUAUUAGGCACGGUCCUGGCCCUUGGCCCUUCCCUACUUCCACCUGUACCACAACCUUUGGCCCACCCCCUGCUGAGAUUCGAGGUUCAACUGGAAGUGGAGUUGGCUCCCCGUGGACUUGUGUCCUGCAUGGGGGCCUGGAGGGACCUGGCUGGGAGCACACAGGCCUGGCAAGGCACCAGGCAGUGUGGCUGGCUUGGCUGUGCCAGAUGGUCCCAGUGCUUGCUGGCCUCCUGGGGGAAGGGCGCGCCUGGUUUUGGUGACUGGCUUUGGCUUUCCUGGUUCUCACCAGGCAGGGAGCUCGGUCCUCUCUGUGGGCGCCCGGUUGGGGUGCCCGGCUGCAUGCGUUUGUGGAAUUCUUGUGGCUGCACUCACUCACGGACGUCUGAACCAAACGUGGAGUUAUCUCGGUGACGGGCUGGCUGGCUGGCCCCUGCUCACCCCCUCCCUCUCCUCUGGGAUUUGGCACGUUCGACCGUGGUACCCACGCUAAGGGAUGUAGCGCUCUGUGUCUCUUGGGUCCAUUCAAGGAUGGCCUGCCCCACGCACCAUGGCAGGGUUGGAUCAGGGGGAGAGAACAGAGUUAGGAAAAAUAAUGAUUUUUAAGUCACGUAAAACCAUAAUUGAACUCUGAUAGGCUGAUGUCAGUUAAGCUUGUCCUGUGUGCUGGUUUGAACGACAGCAGCAGAGCCAGCGCAGUGAGCAGGACGGGGAUUGUGGAGGCGGACCCCAGACCUUGCUUGCCCUGGUUGGAGGAUCCGGGGGCUGCCUUGGAGCCUCUGGCUGGAGGAGAGGGGGCAGUUCUGGCCCAGGAGACUGUGGCCACAUCGGGAGCUCAUUUAGGAGUGCAGGGCCGAGUCACCUCCCCAGCCACCUCUCGUCUGGAGUGCCCUGCUUCUGGUUGACUUCUGAGGCCCACCCUAUCCGUCCACUCCUUCAGUGCCUUGAAUCUCAUUCACAGCAGCCCUCACUUCAUCCCCUUCCUUUGGCUGCCUGAUGUAACUCCUCCCCACCCCCAAAAGCCCUCCUAAGAGAGACAUCAAAAGAUAUCCUAACAGUUACUUCCCACGUGGUGCUUUGUAAAACGCCAUCACUAUGUCGGAGCAUUUCUUUGCAUCUCUCUUGUCUUCAGAAUGUAAAGCGCAGGGAUUGUGACUCCGAGCCACGUGCAGCCCCCAGCACAUUGGGGAUUUUCAGCACAUUCAGUAAUAAAAGUGACAAUAGACCAAAGCGGGGGGUGUGAUGAAUAAAGCAUUACCUUGGUUGCUGCAGAUGUGAACCAGGUCUCAAGGGCAGACUCUGGAGCUGCUAUCUGUUAGGAAGUCAUAUGUGCCUUGAAUUGUCCACUACUCAAGUACCCAGCAUCUGGUGGGCCUGGGGUGCUGGGGGCCAAUGAGGAAACUCGACCUUCUGGUGCCUGCCCCCCUCCCCGGCCUGCGUGCCAUCAGUGGGUGCGUGCGAUGAGAUGCUCAAUUAGCCCUGUCGGUUCCUGACCAGCUGUGCUUGCUUCUCAUAAGUUAUUUAUACAGAGAAAUCACUAAUGGACUCUCCUGGUUCGAGUGCUUCUGAACUGGAUGAACGAUCGCCGGUAUGUUUGUAUUAUAUAAUUAAUUGCCAUAAUAAACUUU